CAUUUUGAAAAAUUAAUCUUUUCAACCGUUUUAACAGUGACAUAGCGAGUUGAACCCAAAGAGUAAUACUCUUUGGUUGAACCUUUUAUUUCUAUGAUGUUUGGGUUAACCAGGGAACUCUAUAAUGAUGGUUUAGCCACCUUUAAAUUACCUAAAGGCUAUAAUGAAUCGGUUCGUCAAGUGUUGGAAGCUGAUGCCAAUGUUGUUGACCUCCACCGACUUGGACCCAACUGUUGGACAAUUUUUAGCUGCUCUAAAUUCACCAGUAAAUACUGCAAUAGUCAAAUGUUUGGUUAUGGACUUUUCAUCUGAUUUGGCGACUCCACUUACACCAGGUUAGAUUCAAUCUACUCUUUCAAAUCUGUUGCGUUUAAAACAUGAAUUGUGCCUUUCUCUGCACAUUACACACCCAAGAUGGCAUUAUCCAAUCUGAGAAGUUUACUGGCCGAUUGUUGACCUUUAGAUGUAAAACUUUUAAAAUGACUAAACCAUCAAGAAAUAACAACCUUAGUGUUUCCGGAAUCGGAAGCUUCAUCAUAUUUGUGCUGCAAUUCAAUCGAACUUUCCGUUUUAUCCUUUCAUCGAUAUUAAUACAAUGUAAUUCACUUUAUACCUGAAAGGAAAUCCGUUUUCUCAGGUAAAAUGUUAAACAAUUUUCUCACUCUCACACAAAUCAUGGUUCAAUGUGAAAAUUUCACCAAUUGUAAAAUGUAUUCCUGUCAAUGUACAUCUUUAGUUCCUCGAGGUGCGGCAGAUUUAGCCACAGUGUCUUCAAUAAUCAUAAUCUUUCUCGGUGUUCCUGGCAACUCAAUCGUCGUCCUUUCCUUAUUUUCAAGCAGUAAACUUCUAGCCAAUCCAACCACCAAAUUCAUCAUAAACCUUGCCAUUGCGGAUUUAAUUUUUUGUUCAAUCAACUUGCCACUUACAUCGAUUCGGUAUUUCACCUGUUCUUGGCCUUUCGGUGAUUUAAUCUGCCAUCUCUAUCCAUUCCUAUUUUAUAGCAAUGUUGCUGUCUCUCUUAUGUCUAUUACAGCCAUAACUAUCAACAGAUUAAUAUCGAUAACAUGCUAUCGUCAUUACGACCAAAUUUACCAAAAGCGUUACAUUCUGUGCAUGAUUGCUUUCUGUUGGUUAUUCCCAUUCAUACUUCUCUCAUUACCAAUGUUCAAAAUUUGGGGACAAUUUGGUUUGGAGCCUAAAACAUUUUCUUGUACAAUACUUCGCUAUCAGGGUAAAUCACCGAAAAGUUUCUUGUUCCUAUUCGCAUUUUUUGUGCCCAGCAUCACGAUACUCAUUUCAUAUUCAAUUAUCUGGUACAAAGUAAUGUUUCACCCAUCAAGAAGCAAAGAUAUGAAAAGGAAAACAUGGAAAAGAGAUUUGAAGAUGACAAAGAUGAUUGUCAUCCUAUUCGUUACAUUCAUUAGCUGCUUUGCUCCACUAAUGAUUGCCAAUGUUUUAUUGCCACCAGAUCGGUAUCCAUAUAUUCAUAUAAUAGCUUCAAUCAUGUCUUGGACUAAUUGUUGUAUCAAUCCAAUCCUUUAUUUUGCGAUGGAUGGACGUUAUCGAUCGGCUUUCAAACAAUUCAUUUCAUCAUCUGUUGCUGUAGUAAAUAGCAAUAGAGGCGAAACAACUUCUAAUUUAUAAAUCUCAAUUAUUGCCUCUCAAUCUCUCAAUCAAAUUAUAAACAAAGACAUUGACGAAUAAACUUAAUUUCAAUUAUUUAAUAUAA